GUAAACACUUUCCCUUCUCAUCCUUCGAAAAUGGCUGAUGAGGAAAUCAUUGACCUCACAGGCGCCUCUCCACCACCAUCACCAAGAAGUAUGAGGCUACGCCCUCGAAGACCUCGACCCAGGAGAGGCUUCAUAUGCCUCGACUGUGCGUUGCACCUCAUUGCCAAUAAUACCAACAAUAACUUUAACAACAUUUAUGGCAAUCCGUUCCAAACUGCUGCUGGUAUUAAUUAUUAUGUACCAGCAGGGAAUGAGCUAGCAGUCAGAUCCCCUUACCCUCUUGGACCCAGCUUCAACGGGGCUUCGAUUCCUGAACAUGACUUGUUCAUGGUGGGGAUGAUGAGGUACUGGAGGAGGCGCUUGAGCAAAACCGCUAGGGACAUGAUGUUGGCUAACAUGACCCGACAGACACCUCCACAAGUUGAUCAGAGCUAUGGGAAAAGUGUCUAUGGAAACCAACCAUGGACAUACACUUACAAUGCUACUGCUGAUGGGAACGUUAUGGCUGAUUCCAACAUGUUUAGCAUUAAUCCUGUGAUCAUGCCGAUCAGUCCACCACCAACAGAAACGCUUACUCUGUUUCCAGAGCAAGCUCCUUUGUUUUCAGAAGAGGUGAAUGAUGGCAACAACAACGUUAACAAUGGGCUCCAGAUAAUGCAGACAGAUGCAAAUGAUGUCACUUCGAUGACCGAGACUGGUGAAGGUGAAGGUGAAGGUGAAGGUGAAGGUGAAGGUGAAUUGGAUUUGGAGCUGAACUUGGGUUGGAGCAAGUGAGACCAUUACGUGUCUCGUGCAGAAAUGGACAAAUCUUCCAGACUUAUCACAGUGUUCGAUGCAUGUUAUGUUCCUUGUUUUAAGACUUUUUUUACCUUGCUUUUUAUCUUCUGCAUGUGUUUAUGGUUUGAGUUCUGUUGUUUGUUUGUUUAUGUUAAUGUGGUUAUUUACUUGUUGGUCUGUAAUGGUUGGAUUAUCGUGGUUAUUUACUUGUUUGUUUGAGUUAAUGUAAGUUAUGGGUUAAAUGUGUUUUUAAUCCUUGUAAAAAAUUCGUGAAUUGGAUGAAGUCUUUAAAUAAAAGUUUCAUAAA